AUGUCUCUCGCAUCUCAAAGGAUAACGCCGACAAGCUCGGUGAAGCUUCACCCAUUUGACCCUGUACGACCGGAAGAAAUCAGACUCGGCGCUCGAAUUCUCGAGACAUCGUUCCCCGGUGUCCCGCUUCGCUACAACCGCAUUGAUAUUCAUGAACCCAUCAAACAAGAUGUCAUCCCCUACAUUGAGGCAGAACGACUCGGGAAGCCCCUCCCUGCUAGGCCAGCACGUCUUUUGUAUUCCUAUUUCAAUCGUCUCGACACAGGUGUCUGUCUCAAGGCCCUAAUGAAUAUUGAUACUAAGUCCCUCAUCUAUGCCAAAGAGCUUCCAGAGGGAGUGCAGCCACCCAUGGAUAUCGAUGAAAUAGCUGGUAUUGAAGAACAUUGUAUGCAACAUCCUGCAGUGCUGGCAGAAAUUGAGAAGCUCAAGCUGCCUCCUGGUAUGACAGUCUGCAACGACCCAUGGAUGUACGGGACAGACAAUCAAAAUGAGAAUCGGCGACUCUUCCAAUGCUUUAUGUACAUUGUGGAGGUGGACCACCCCGAAAAUAACCACUACUCUCUUCCCUGCAAGUUCUGCCCUGUCUUUGACGCCCGCACAAGGGAAUUAGUCCGCAUGGAUUAUCUCCCCGGUGGCGCAGAUCAUGAGACUGUCGAGACACAGCCGUGGGUACCAGUGAAAGCAGUCCAGUAUGCUCCCGAUCUCCUAGAUGAGCCACUUCGGACAGACCUCAAGCCAUAUAUUGUUCAGCAACCCGAAGGCGCUUCCUUCUCAGUGGACGGCAAUUCCGUCUACUGGCAAAAAUGGCGUUUCAGGGUCGGAUUCAAUAAUCGCGAGGGCCUAGUCCUUCACAAUAUCACAUAUGACAAGCGCAAUGUCUUCUAUCGUUUGAAUGUCUCCGAGAUGACUGUUCCUUACGGAGAUCCUCGAGCCCCAUACCACCGCAAGCAAGCCUUUGAUGUCGGCGACGUCGGCUUCGGUCUCAACGCCAACCAGCUAUCUCUGGGCUGCGAUUGCCUCGGCCACAUCAAAUAUUUUGACGGUUACAGAUCCGACUCCAAGGGCAACCCUAUCCUCUUGAAGAACGUGGUCUGCAUGCACGAGCAAGACAACGGCCUGCAAUACAAGCACACAAACUACAGAUCCAACGCAGCAACCGUCAAGCGCAACCGCCAGCUGGUUCUCCAGAUGAUCUGCACCGUUGCAAACUACGAAUAUAUCUUUGCCUACAUCUUCGAUCAGGCCGGAAACAUCGAGCUCGAAGUCCGCGCCACAGGCAUUCUGUCCACCGUCCCAUUCGACAACUUAAAUGGCGAGACCGUCCCCUGGGGCACCAACGUCGGCCCCGGUGUCAUGGCCCCCUACCAUCAACACAUGUUCUCGCUCCGCAUCGACCCCGCGAUUGACGGCUUCAACAACACUGUCUACUACGAGGAUAGCGUCCCACUCCCCGAAGAUGAGAACAACCCCUACCUGGUCGGCUACACCACAGAGAAAACCGUGAUCCGUAAAUCCGGCUCCGCAACCACCGACAUCAACCGUAAUCGCGUCUUCAAAAUCCGCAACGACAACGUCAUCAACCCCAUCACCUAUAAGCCCGUCUCAUACAAGCUCAUGGCAGCCCCCAGCCAAAUGCUUAUCCUACCAAAGCACGCAGUGGGACACCAACGCGCCGAGUUCGCCAGCAAGCCCAUCUGGGUCACCAAGUACCAGGACGACGAACUUUUCGCCGCAGGCGAGUUCACAAACCAAAGCAAAAAGGCCACAGGCGUCGAGACUUGGGUCCAGAGAAACGACGACACAGAGAAUCAGGACGUGGUCCUUUGGCACUCGUUCGGUCUCACUCACAACCCUCGUAUUGAGGAUUUCCCUGUCAUGCCUAUGGAACGCAUUAGUGUCAUGCUCCGGCCCGAUGGCUUCUUCACGAAGAAUCCGGCGUUGGAUGUGCCCCCUUCGACACAAUCGUUCAAUAAGUCAACACUUCACCCUGGGCCGGCGCCGGCUGCACCAUGCUGCUCCGGCUCUGGAAACAGCAAGGCAAAGCUUUACAAGCGGGUUGACUAG